UGGUCUUGGUUACUGAAGAGACAAAAGCAAAUAGCGGUUUUGUAACUGAAAAGUGAGAGAAAAAUGAGCUGAAUUCCUGCAUCCAUCCAUUACACACAUAACACACACCACACCUCCUUCAAUGCUGUUACACAAACCUAUACACCCACACCCACAUUUAUAGACAGAGAGACUGAAAAGUAGAAAGACAAAGUCAUGAGGAAGAGAUAGGAAUGCAUUCAAAAUUAAGGGCCGGUUUGAUUAAGUGUUUUGUUUUGUUUGUUCAUGAUAAUGGAUAUGACGGGUGGGCUUGGAUUACUGAUGAUCAUCUUAAACGGCGUACGUUGAAGUGUGUGUGAGACUGCUGCUGCUUUCUCUCUUUCUUCUUCUUCCUGCCCUGCCUGUUCAAGUAUCAAGAAUCAAUACCUCUUUCUUUCUCCUUUCUAUUUGCCCUUCUUCUUCUUCUUCUUCUUCUUCUUCUGCCAACUUUGAAUGGCGCAUGCUGAUGCCCUCACUGCACCACCUUCUCAUCAAACUGGUUUGGGAAGUGAUGAUCUGUAUACGGAGCUGUGGAAGGCGUGUGCUGGACCUUUGGUGGCUGUUCCUCGUAAGGGAGAGAGAGUUUACUACUUUCCUCAGGGUCACAUGGAACAAGUGUAAUAACUUGCAGUUAGAGGCGUCAACAAAUCAGGAAUUGAAUCUGCAAAUCCCCAGGUUCAAUCUGCCCUCAAAGAUCCUCUGUCGUGUUGUUUACAUUCAGUUACUGGCCGAACCAGAAACAGAUGAAGUUUAUGCCCAGAUCACUUUACACCCGGAACCAGAUCAAGCUGAGCCGACCAGUCUGGAUCCUUCCCCUCCAGAUCCACCAAAGCAGACUGUUCACUCUUUCUGUAAGAUCUUGACGGCAUCUGAUACAAGCACUCAUGGAGGUUUCUCUGUUCUCCGGAAGCAUGCCAAUGAAUGCCUGCCCCCAUUAGAUAUGACACAACAAACCCCAACCCAGGAUUUGGUUGCCAAAGAUCUGCAUGGGUAUGAGUGGCGGUUCAAGCACAUAUUCAGAGGUCAACCCAGGAGACACUUACUUACGACUGGAUGGAGUACAUUUGUCACCUCUAAGAGAUUAGUUGCGGGAGAUUCUUUUGUUUUCUUGAGGGGUGAUAACGGGGAAUUACGUGUUGGGGUUCGCCGUCUUGCUCGACAACAGAGCUCUAUGCCACCUUCUGUCAUUUCCAGCCAAAGCAUGCAUCUUGGAGUGCUUGCGACAGCGUCACAUGCUAUUACAACACAAACCCUAUUUGUUGUGUACUACAAGCCGAGGACAAGUCAGUUCAUUAUUGGGCUGAAUAAGUACUUAGAGGCCAUGCAACAUGGAUUUUCAGUUGGUAUGCGUUUCAAAAUGAGAUUUGAAGGAGAAGAUUCUCCUGAGAGAAGGUUCACGGGUACUAUCGUUGGUGUCGGAGACUUCUCAUCACAGUGGACAAACUCUACAUGGCGGUCACUUAAGGUUCAAUGGGAUGAACCAGCAUCUAUACUGCGGCCGGAAAGAGUCUCACCAUGGGAUAUAGAACCUUUUGUAGCUUCUGCUUCUGUAGAUGUACCACAGCCAGCUAUCAAGAUCAAAAGACCUCGACCUCUCGAUCUGCCUCUUACUGAAACUACUACCCCUUCUGCCGCGUCUCCUCUCUGGUAUCCGAAAUCAACCACAUCCAUUGAGUUGAGCCACUUAACUAGUACUAAUGAUGUCCAAAGCAGUGAAAACCAAAUUUUCUGGCCUCCAAAGCAGAAAGACGUAAACAGCAGCCUCCCCUGUUCUAGGGCACAUCCUGGUGGAGUAUGGCCAUCUACAUCACAAAUGAAUAGUUCUCUAAGCCUGUUUCGAGAAUCUAUCGAAGACAAUAAAAAUGUUGCAGUACGAUCUGUUCUUCCUGAUUUUCAGUCUCCUGUCUCAUCAAGGGCAAGUAAUUGUCUUGACCAAGUUGAAGGAAUCAAAAGGCUCGAGGCUGCUUCUGCAUGCCGGUUAUUUGGCAUUGAUUUGAGGAACAAUUCAAACAAAGUUCCACCAGUGGGAAAAGAAGUGUCUUUUCCUCGGGCAAACAUCAUUCCAGACUGUGAUGCUACCAUUAAGAAAUCUGAAGCUGAUGGGAUGCAAAGUGUUGAUCUUUUGAAUUCAUCAAAAGAAAGAAAGCAUGUACAGACAGAGGUUUCUCCGAAUGAUAUGCAGAGCAAGCUGAGUCUUGGUUCAUCUUCAAGAACUCGGAUCAAGGUUCAAAUGCAAGGGAUCGCUGUUGGACGUGGCGUGGACUUGACUGCUUUCGGCGGGUAUGAUGACCUUAUCAGUGAACUGGAGAAUAUGUUUGAGAUUAAGGGAGAGCUUCGUCCUAGGAACAAAUGGGAAGUAGUUUACACUGACAACGAGGGGGACAUGAUGCUUGUGGGUGAUGACCCAUGGCCGGAAUUCUGUAAGAUGGCUAAAAAAAUUUGCAUCUACUCUAGUGAGGAAGUGAAGAAGAUGACUCCUAAAUGUAAGCUACCUCUGUCAUCUCUAGAUGGCGAGGGCAGAAUCUUAAGCUUGGAAUCACAACCAACUUUAGAAGCAUGAAAUUUGUAUAUCCUCUUGUCUCUGUUUCUCUUCUUUAAAGAUACUUUAGAUUGGGGGGUACACAACUUGGUAGCACUGGGGUGCUCGGUUUUCUUGAAACUUGCUCUAUAGAGUUUAGCAUAAGCGAACGAAGUGGACUAGGAAUGCAGAUAUAGUGGUUAAGAAACUCCUCGAAAACAAGAUGAGUCUUGGAAGUUGUAAAUACAAUAUUUGUGGGGGUAUUUGAUGAAAUUAUUAGGCAGAUCUUAGUGGCCCGAGGGUCUAAAAGCGUUGGAUCCUCAAGGUGGUCCACUUUGAUUUUGCUUGAAAGAAGAUGAGUUUGUAUAAAGUGUAUACAUGCUUGUCCUUUGAUGGCAAACUCAAGUGUUUUGUAUUUUUGUGUGGGACAAUUGCUUUAAUUCUGUCAGUAUAUGCAUUUAGUGAGACCUUUUUCUUCCUGUGAUACAUCAUCCAUCAUGUUGAUCUCUGUUAGGUAGUGUUGAGGCUUUUCAUUCUUAGGUUUGCCUGGAAUUAUCACCACCAUUGUACCCCUUUU